CGAGCAUGAGAGGACAAAUCUAGUUUCGCACAGAAGCGAAGACCUUCCUGUUGUCUUCUAGUCGCUCCUGCCGGCUCGAAGGUGUGAAAUAGUGAUAUAGUCGUCAUAUCUAAUAGAAAUAUACAUAUAUACACAUAUACUAUUGUAAUAUUUUCGAAGUGGUGAAAAUAAGUCUUCUAGCAAAAAAUGUCAACGCCGAAAGAAGAGGACAGAGACUCGAAAGAUGCUACACCUAUAACCAUUUUCCAAAACCUAAGAAUCUCAAGUGGUGUAAAGAGAGGGAAGUCUGAGGUCUUGCCUGGACAAAUAAAUGCUUUGUCCUGUGGUCAUCAAAUGCCGUCAAAUUACUUGAUUUCAUGGUGCAAGUACAAUCUAAGGCAGAAGAAGACUGAACUCACUUGUCCAAGAUUUGAUGAGUACAAGAAGGGCAUAUGUUGCACCAGAUUCUCUUAUCAGGAUUUGUGUAAUGCAGUCCCACUAACUCCCUCACUGAAGGAAUUCUUUGAAGUGACACUCGGAGAGCUAGCUGCAGCAAAAUUCUGUGAAUUUAAAGCUUGUCCAGGAUGCCAGUCGAAUGUGGAGAGAGCUGAUAAGAUGAACCUGUGUGUCCACUGUACUGUAUGCACUGCCAGGCAGGGAUACUCCUAUGAGUUCUGCUGGAACUGCCUGAGGAAAUGGGAAGGAGCAGUGCAAUUCUCUGUGCGCUGUGGCCACAGUGACUGCAACAAGUCAGAGACUUCUCCAAAAAAAGAUUCGAUAAAAUUGUGUCAGCCCGCAUUCAAGACUCAAAAGCAGCAAACAGAACAGAUAUAUCCAACUAAUGAGAAAUCCAAGGACAGAAAGAGACUGGCUUUAAUCAUUAACAAUGUUGAAUUUAGAGAAACUGACUUUAAUCGGCUGGGAGCAGAGAAGGAUGAAGAGAGCAUAAGGACUCUGCUUGAAGCCUUGGGUUAUGAUGUAAUUGUAUUAAAUGACCUGUCUGCAGAGGGAAUGGAGGCUGCUGUGAGAGACUUCUCGCAGCACAGUGAACACAGAUAUUCAGACAGCACAUUUAUCGUCAUAAUGUCCCAUGGUGGACCUGAUGGAAUUUAUGGCAUUAAUUAUGAUAAAAAUGAAGAAGAUGUUUUCCCUGUGGACAAAAUCUUCCACUACCUCGGCUCUGCAAACUGCCCUGGACUAACAGACAAGCCGAAAAUCAUCCUGAUUCAGGCAUGCAGAGGAGAUAAAGAUGGCCAUGUGUGGGUAUGUGAUAGCAUGAGAUCAAAACAAGGAGUGAAACACACCGUGAGAGAUUUUGCCUGCUUCAGAUCCUGCACACCAGAUACUGUAUCCAUGAGGAAUACUGGCUCUGGUUCAGUCUUUAUCCAGAACCUUGUGAAAAUCUUUAAUGAGCACUGUCAUAAGGAUGACAUAGUGGAACUGUUCAGAAAGGUUGCUUACUGGUUUGAAAAAGCAGCAAAGGAAGAGGAUUUUCCCUAUCAAAUGCCAAGUUUGGACAGAACCACUCUUGUGAAGAAAUUCUACCUGUUUCCUGGGCUUUGACACAAAAGAUCAGGUUGUUGCCAUUUGAGAAUUACGCACUCUUUAAAAAUAAAUGCUACAACUGAAGCCAUUUUUCCUGUCAUUAUAUUUUAUAAUAAAUGUGAACUGGAUGCCCCUAUUCCGUGUAGAUGGAAACUAUUAAUAUUGUUGAUCUAUUUUGAAUAUAUCUUGGUAUGCUUUGUCCUGGCUUGACUGUUUAUUACCAUUGUCUAUGUUUUUGUCUAUCCUUUGAUUUGGCCUGGACACUUGUUUUGUUCUAUUCUGAUCAACUUGCACAAAGUGCGGACACUUCAUACUGCACUCGUCAAAUCAUCAGUAGCUGCCUAAACCAUGACGUCUGUUUCUGCUGAUGUCUUUUGUUUACCAAUAGUGAAUAUUACACUUUUCUUCUGUAUGAAUACUGCCUGUUAAUCUCAGUAAACUUCAAAAA